CAUGUCCGGGGUGGUGCGGACCCUCAGCCGCUGCCUGCUGCCGGCCGAGGCCGGGGCCCGCGAGCGCAGGGCGGGCGGCGCGCGCGACGCGGAGCGCGAGGCCCGGCGGCGCAGCCGCGACAUCGACGCGCUGCUAGCCCGCGAGCGGCGCGCCGUGCGGCGCCUGGUCAAGAUCCUGCUGCUGGGCGCGGGCGAGAGCGGCAAGUCCACCUUCCUCAAGCAGAUGCGCAUCAUCCACGGCCGCGAGUUCGACCAGAAGGCGCUGCUCGAGUUCCGCGACACCAUCUUCGACAACAUCCUCAAGGGCUCAAAGGUUCUUGUCGACGCACGAGACAAGCUUGGUAUUCCUUGGCAGUAUUCUGAAAACGAGAAGCAUGGCAUGUUCCUGAUGGCGUUUGAGAACAAGGCGGGACUUCCUGUGGAGCCCGCCACCUUCCAGCUGUACGUGCCUGCGCUGGGCGCGCUCUGGAGGGACUCUGGCAUCAGGGAGGCCUUCAGCCGCAGGAGCGAGUUUCAGCUGGGGGAAUCAGUGAAGUACUUCCUGGACAACUUGGAUCGCAUCGGCCAGCUGAACUACCUCCCCAGCAAGCAGGACAUCCUGCUGGCGAGAAAGGCCACCAAGGGCAUCGUGGAGCACGACUUCGUCAUCAAGAAGAUCCCCUUCAAGAUGGUGGACGUGGGCGGCCAGCGCUCCCAGCGCCAGAAGUGGUUCCAGUGCUUCGACGGGAUCACGUCCAUCCUCUUCAUGGUGUCCUCCAGCGAGUACGACCAGGUGCUCAUGGAGGACAGGCGCACCAACCGCCUGCUGGAGUCCAUGAACAUCUUCGAGACCAUCGUCAACAACAAGCUCUUCGUCAACGUCUCCAUCAUCCUCUUCCUCAACAAGAUGGACCUCCUGGUGGAGAAGGUGAAGACGGUGAGCAUCCGGAAGCACUUCCCGGAUUUCCAGGGCGACCCGCACCGGCUGGAGGACGUGCAGCGCUACCUGGUCCAGUGCUUCGACCGGAAGCGGCGGAACCGCAGCAAGCCCCUGUUCCACCACUUCACCACCGCCAUCGACACCGAGAACAUCCGCUUCGUGUUCCACGCCGUGAAGGACACGAUCCUGCAGGAGAACCUCAAGGACAUCAUGCUGCAGUGAGGGCCGCGCGGGCCGGCACGGGCACCGGGGAGACUACUGAGAAGCCAAGCCGCCGCCGGCGUGACCUUGUGAGCCUCGUAACACAGCUCGCUUUUCCUCUUACCGACACGUGAUCCCUGCUGACCUAGUGAGUCGGGGUGUGUGCGUGCACGCCCUCUCUCAGUGACAGAAGCCAGCAAGCAGCUGGCCCUGCGGGGACGCCGGCCCGCGGUGCUGCUCCCCUCACGCGCCUUCCAGAGAGCGCAGACCCCGGGCCGGGUCCUCGGAGCCCCGUCCACGUGUGUUAGGUAGAGCCCAGGGGCCCCUGCCUGCCCACUGCGUGGACCUGCCUUAACACCGCCCCGGCGGCGUGCCCGCCAUGUUGCCCAGCGGCACACUACGGUGCGCACAGGGGUGCUCCCACGCCUGAUCGCGCCCCACCCGUCCCCACCCAGUGGCAGAGACGCAGAACCCAAGUGGCCUUGUGGCUGAGCCCCUUCCCCGGGCGAGUCACCUCCCCACAUGCUCAUGGCGCGGCGGCGCCUCCCGUGCCAGACAGCGAGCCUCGCACACGCCCUCUGGGGCUCCGGCCGCUCAGGCAGCCCCGAGGUCCCCACGCUGCCAGCACCAGGUGCCUUGGCCUGCCGCACGCUCUCGGCUCUCCUGUCACCUCUCCUGCUUCCCUGCUCACACGUGACACGGAAGCGGCUUGCGGGAGGCUGCAGGAGGCCGCCGUGUCGGCCCAGCCUCAGACCUAAGCUCACGGCCCAGGGCUUCCACUGUGCUUCACAAACCUUGCAUUCCAGCCCGGUCCCCCGCACCGACCCUCCCGCACAAACGUGCCGUCUCCCGGGCCGGGGCCGGGGCCCACGUUGCACCCUCACCGGCCCUCGGGUCCCUGUGGCCUUCCAGGCUCGUGCGGCAGCUGCGGGAGCAGAGGAGGGGCAGGCCUCGUCACUGUGGGGUUCGAGUGAGGGGCGGCGGGAGCCUCUGGCCGCGCAGGAGUUGGGGUCAGCUUUGGCUCGGAAAACAGCAUUGCUCUUGCCGUGCGUGCCAUUUCCGGUGGGAGGUGCCCUGUGGCCAGCGCCCACAGCUCUGGGCGGGGCCGUCAGUCUGUGUGAGCCCUGGAGGGCUGCCCGUGCCUCCUCCCGCAGCCGUCCCACGGCUGCCCUGUGGCCUUGUUUAACCCGACCCCAGGGGCUGAGGUCAGCCUUGGCAGGAAGAGCUUGCCCCUCGCGCCCGCCCGCCCCUGCCCUGCUGUCCGUGUCCGCUGGACUGAAGGGGCCUGGGCCCUGGGGCUGGAGCAGGUCCCUGGGCGGCGCUCGUCUCUUCCAGAACUUCAGGCUUUUGUACUUGUAUUCUGACGUCACUGUCUUUUGUAUGAGAUGUUGGAGGAGCAGGAGGGGCCGCCUCCCCCGUGCGUGCGCGAGGUCUAACAAUAAACACCCUGGAACGCA